CCUACCCCCAACCUAGAGUGCCUUUGGAGUUUAUGUCUGCACAUGGCAUUGGUUUUUCAAUUCGGGCAGCCCGUCAGGGCUCAGCCUCUGCCAGGACUCUGCCAAGGCAAGCUCAUUCGGACAAACUCCUGUGAUGUGUGCAACAGCACCGAUCUUCCGGAAGUUGAGAUCAUUAGCCUACUGGAGGAGCAGCUGCCCCAUUAUAAGUUAAGAGCCGACACCAUCUACGGUUAUGACCACGACGACUGGCUCCAUACACCUCUCAUUUCUCCAGAUGCCAACAUUGACCUCACAACUGAGCAAAUUGAAGAGACGCUAAAAUACUUCCUUUUAUGUGCUGAAAGAGUUGGCCAGAUGACUAAGACAUAUAAUGACAUAGAUGCUGUCACUCGGCUUCUUGAGGAGAAAGAGCGGGAUUUAGAAUUGGCUGCUCGCAUCGGCCAGUCGUUGUUGAAGAAAAACAAGACCCUAACCGAGAGGAACGAGCUGCUGGAGGAGCAGGUGGAACACAUCAGGGAGGAGGUGUCUCAGCUCCGGCAUGAGCUGUCCAUGAAGGAUGAGCUGCUUCAGUUCUACACCAGCGCUGCAGAGGAGAGCGAGCCCGAGUCCGUGUGCUCAACCCCGUUGAAGAGGAAUGAGUCGUCCUCCUCAGUCCAGAAUUACUUUCAUUUGGAUUCUCUUCAAAAGAAGCUGAAAGACCUUGAAGAGGAGAAUGUUGUACUUCGAUCCGAGGCCAGCCAGCUGAAGACAGAGACCAUCACCUAUGAGGAGAAGGAGCAGCAGCUGGUCAACGACUGCGUGAAGGAGCUGAGGGAUGCCAAUGUCCAGAUUGCUAGUAUCUCAGAGGAAUUGGCCAAGAAGACGGAAGAUGCUGCCCGCCAGCAAGAGGAGAUCACACACCUGCUAUCGCAAAUCGUUGAUUUGCAGAAAAAGGCAAAAGCUUGUGCAGUUGAAAAUGAAGAACUCGUCCAGCAUCUGGGGGCUGCUAAGGAUGCCCAGCGGCAGCUCACGGCCGAGCUGCGUGAGCUGGAGGACAAGUAUGCAGAGUGCAUGGAGAUGCUACAUGAGGCGCAGGAGGAGCUGAAGAACCUCCGGAACAAAACCAUGCCCAAUACCACGUCUCGGCGCUACCACUCGCUGGGCCUGUUUCCCAUGGACUCCUUGGCAGCAGAGAUUGAGGGAACAAUGCGCAAGGAGCUGCAGUUGGAAGAGGCCGAGUCUCCAGACAUCACUCACCAGAAGCGUGUCUUUGAGACAGUAAGAAACAUCAACCAGGUCGUCAAGCAGAGAUCUCUGACCCCUUCUCCUAUGAACAUUCCUGGCUCCAACCAGUCCUCGGCCAUGAACUCCCUCCUGUCCAGCUGUGUCAGCACGCCCCGGUCCAGCUUCUACGGCAGCGACAUAGGUAACGUCGUCCUCGACAACAAGACCAACAGCAUCAUUCUGGAAACAGAGGCAGCCGACCUGGGAAAUGAUGAGCGGAGUAAGAAGCUGGGGACGCCGGGCACCCCAGGCUCCCACGACCUGGAGACAGCGCUGAGGCGGCUGUCCCUGCGCCGGGAGAACUACCUCUCAGAGAGGAGGUUCUUUGAGGAGGAGCAAGAGAGGAAGCUCCAGGAGCUGGCGGAGAAGGGCGAGCUGCGCAGCGGCUCCCUCACACCCACUGAGAGCAUCAUGUCCCUGGGCACGCACUCUCGCUUCUCCGAGUUCACCGGCUUCUCCGGCAUGUCCUUCAGCAGCCGCUCCUACCUGCCCGAGAAGCUCCAGAUCGUGAAGCCGCUGGAAGGUUCUGCCACCCUUCACCACUGGCAGCAGUUGGCCCAGCCUCACCUUGGGGGCAUCCUGGACCCCCGGCCUGGUGUGGUCACCAAGGGCUUCCGGACACUGGAUGUUGACCUGGACGAAGUGUACUGCCUUAACGACUUUGAAGAAGAUGACACAGGUGACCACAUUUCUCUCCCGCGCCUAGCUACCUCCACGCCAGUUCAGCACCCAGAGACCUCAGCGCACCAUCCUGGGAAGUGCAUGUCUCAGACCAACUCCACCUUCACCUUCACCACCUGUCGCAUUCUACAUCCUUCAGAUGAGCUCACUCGGGUCACACCAAGCCUUAACUCAGCCCCAACUCCAGCUUGUGGCAGCUCCAGCCACUUGAAAUCCACGCCAGUGGCCACACCAUGCACUCCACGGAGACUGAGCCUGGCUGAGUCCUUCACUAACACCCGUGAGUCCACGACCACCAUGAGCACAUCCCUAGGGCUCGUGUGGCUGUUGAAGGAGCGGGGCAUUUCUGCGGCUGUGUACGACCCCCAGAGCUGGGACAGGGCCGGCCGGGGCUCUCUCCUGCACUCCUACACACCCAAGAUGGCUGUGAUCCCCUCUACUCCGCCGAACUCGCCUAUGCAGACACCCACAUCCUCCCCACCCUCCUUUGAGUUCAAGUGCACGAGCCCUCCCUACGACAACUUCCUGGCUUCCAAGCCGGCCAGCUCCAUCCUGAGGGAAGUGAGAGAAAAGAACGUCCGCAGCAGUGAGAGCCAGACCGACGUGUCCGUCUCCAACCUCAACCUCGUGGACAAAGUCAGGAGGUUUGGGGUGGCCAAAGUGGUGAACUCAGGGCGAGCCCAUGUCCCCACCUUGACUGAGGAGCAGGGACCUCUCCUCUGUGGGCCCCCGGGGCCAGCACCAGCCCUUGUCCCCAGAGGCCUGGUACCUGAGGGCCUGCCCCUCGGAUGCCCCACUGUCACCAGUGCCAUCGGUGGGCUGCAGCUGAAUAGUGGCAUCCGGCGGAAUCGCAGCUUCCCCACCAUGGUGGGAUCUAGCAUGCAGAUGAAAGCCCCCGUGACUCUCACCUCGGGCAUCUUGAUGGGUGCUAAGCUCUCCAAACAAACUAGCUUACGGUGAGGACUGGAGGGGGCCGGUUGCCCUGGAGGAGACCCAUGUUCUUCUCUCUUGCUCCCAUCUCCCUCUCUUCCCCCUACAGUGCACUUCCUUCCUCUGCCCUUCUCCGUCCACCCCCUCCUGAGCUAGACAAAUCAACCUCGUGCCUAAUGGAGGAAGAGUGGAACCUUUGUAAAAUGUGUACAUAGGACUUGGAGACCUCGUGUCCGCCCUGCUCUUUCUUCCGAUCCCACAGGAAGUGCCCCUGCACUGUCAUCACUCUCACGAGGACGUCACCUGUGCUAACCUGGGGGAAGGUGGGGUCCUUUCUUCUUUCCUUUUGAGAAGCACUGAAACUCCCAAGUGUGUUCUUAUCCCAUGGAUAGGAAACCAGUGAAUUCCGUGGCUGGCACACCACGAGCUGUCAACGCGGCACGGGUCAUAACAUAUCUGGGUGUCAUCGGACACCUUGCCUCACCCACCCUGUAGGAGCGUAAGGAGCCUCCAUCCUCAGCCACGUGUCGCUGACGUGGCUUUCCUGAUCGGAGGGCUUUUCUUUCUUUUAUGGGUGGCCCAGCUUCUUCAAGACCUUCACUACUCUGCCUCAGUGGACAGUCGUUUCCUUUCUGAGGUGUGACCUUUUGUUUUCAUGCCUUCCCCUUGAAGUCAUCCUGUGUUUUGUAAUCAGCUGUCAGGCCAAAUGUCUGACCCGAAAGAGAAUGUAUUUACACUUGUGCUGCGUUCAGCAGCCCCUCUGUGUUCUGUGUGAUUUGUUUUACUUUUCCUUUUUUUAAAAAAAUAUAUAUGCAGGGAAGUAAUGGUACUGGUAGUGUAUGUUUUCUAUGUGGUUCAAAUAUGAAUUUCAAACACACCAAGCUGCUAAUGAGAUAGCAGCUUUUUUCUGGGACCCAGAGUCACAACCAAAUUGAUUUAAGACCAGACCCAAGACACCUUUAACAAUAAGACUGAAAGGAAAAAGGAUAGGGAAAAAGCUUAUUUAAAGAAAUGUGUCAGCACCAAAUGUAGAGGGGAAGAACCACAACCAGGCAUAAUACCAAACUGGUUCCGGGGGAAGCAAGGCUUUGGCAUUCCACUGGCUCCAGCGCUUCCUCCAAAACCCAAGACUGGCCAGGGUGCUGUCACCGUGCAGUCUUUGAUUGCAGCCAUUCAGUGCCCAUGUUUUGCCUUCUUGUUUCGGAAGAGCACGUGGUCACAACAAAGUAUUUUCUUUCCCUCCAAAGCCUUUUGUCUCCUUGUGCCACUUUUUAUCCUUAGGAAAAGAUCCAGGUGCUUGUGAAAAGAACCAUGAAUGCAACAAGGGAGGCUGGUCCUGUUGCUGUCGCCGAUGAAAUUUUUAACUUUUAUUUAUUAUUUAUGUCUGCCGUAUUUUAAAUAAACAUUCUCGUUCCUUCCAGUUCCAGUCAUAGUGUGUCUGUGGCAUUCCAGUCCAACCACGUAACUUAUUUAUUCUAAUUUGAGGGCUGCACUGUACAUCAUGGUGUCCCGUGACACUGUGUUCCAGACAUUUAUGGAAGGAAAACAUCCCACGUAAAUGAAACUGUCGUUCUGUGUCCUCCCUCGCAGCAGCAGAUGUGAACUUCCAUUGAGUGAGGGUGACCUUAUGUCCAGCAGGGAUACUUUGAGAAAGCCCCUAAGGAGCAAGCCUCAGUCCCACGGUUUCAGACUAUUUAUUCUCUGAACACAAGAGUAUUGGUUAAUUACGUUCUCAGCUCUCCUUGCUGUUACAUGUGUGCACUCACUGCAAGUAACUUAUAUCUUUUUAUUUGAAUGUAUUUUAAAGCGGUAGAUAGAAUAACAAAGGAAUAUGAAAACCAUGGACUGAAUGGACCAUUUUAUGUAUUCAGAGAGAGGAGCCACUCAUCAUUGCCAGAUAUACCAUGUAAAAAUUGGCAGUUCAGAGGUUGCAAUAUUUAGUAGAGUAAAUAAAUAAACGAUCAACAUUGUGCAACCACUACCAAAAAGUGUGUUGUAAUGCAUCAAAAAUCAACAAAAUUUUAUUCACUAAUGAGUAUCAAUAAAAUAAGUUCAAAUGAUGGAAACCA